UAGACGUGCAGUCGGGGGCCUAUGAAAUAUAUGGGUGUAUCAUACAAUUUGGAUGAAGCGUAUAUUUUGUUUUUAGUAUAAAUUUAUAAGAAUACUCACAACUUUUUGAUAACUUAUUUAUCAGGGUAUAAUGAGGAUUAAAUGAGUUAUAUGUACGUACAAAUUAUAUUAGUGUGAGUCCAUUAGACCCACCUUGACCAGAUGAAUAUUAUAAUUUUAAAUCAUUUUAAGUUGUGAAUAAGCAAUAGCAGAUAUUAAAUGUUUAUAAAUCCAAUCUAUCGUUUCUUUAAUACAUGCAGAAUGGCUCCAUCUUAUUAUGCAGUUGCUAAAGGUCGUAAUCCAGGGAUUUACAAUACUUGGGAUGAAUGUAAGGCUCAAGUUCACCAAUUUACUGGCCCUUUAUUUAAAAAAUUUCAAACAAAACAAGAAGCUGAAAACUUUAUCGGUCAGAAUCCAAAUUCAAGUACAUUAAAUAACAGAACUGGAAUAUCUGGUACAAGGAAAAGAUCACAGUCAUUAAGAAAUACAGUUAUAAAGAAACAGUUUCCUACAAAAAAACGGAAAAUCAUGGUUCUAGACACAGUUCCAAGUACUGCAUCCACAGAACAGAAUAUAGUGUCUUCAGACUUUACCAUUGACAUUGAUGGUUACGUAAAUGUAUAUACUGAUGGAGCAUGUAGUUCAAAUGGUGGUCCAAAUGCAAAAGCUGGUAUAGGUGUCUGGUUUGGGGAUGAUCAUCCUCUGAAUGUAUCGCGACCAGUUGUUGGUAGAGCAACUAAUAACAUGGCAGAAAUUCAGGCUGUAACUGUUGCUGCAAGAAUAACAAAACAAGCAGGUAUCAAGAAUAUAAAAAUUAUCACAGACUCAAAGUUUUUAAUUAGGUGCAUCAACGAAUGGAUGCCAAAAUGGAAAACUAAUGGAUGGAAAACUGUAGGCAAUAAAUCUGUUAUAAAUAAGGUUGAACUCCUAGAAAUGGAAGAUGCACUCAAAUCCUUAAAUGUAGUUUGGAAACAUGUUAAUGGUCAUAUUGGAGUGUAUGGUAAUGAAAUGGCUGAUAAAUUAGCAAGAGCAGGUUGUGCACAAUACUGAAGGUAUCUAUUAUGUAAAUAAUAUAAAAAAUUUAAUAGAAAUAUUGUUUUAUUCAAUAGUUACAGUGUAUUAUUCAUUUUAUAAAUUUAAUCUUUUGUGAUAAACGACAAG